UGUCAACUAUUGUCUUGUCUAAUUUUCUUGUUUGUGUUUUCGAUUUCGACCCAAAUAUUUCAAGAUUUUUGCGCAGUUCGUAUUACCGUAUUUAAAAACUUUCUAUCUUUAUUGACAUUGGCAGCAGUAUCAACAAUAAAAACCAAGAAUCCGUAAAAAAGGAAUGUGCAAUUACAUAUAAGUUAGAUAUGGACAACCAUGGAGAAUGUUCAAAACCAAAAAAAUCAAAAUCCUCAGAGAUCACGGCUCAUCAGUCUCAAUGGGCCUAUUUGCCUUCCAUACUUUUAUACGAGAUAUUCGAUCUGCUCGACUCAGAAGAUCGCAUUAAUGCCUCUGUUGUUUGCAAGCAUUGGAGAAAUACUUUAUUUCAUCCCAACUGGUGGUCCUCAAUGAAAUUCACCAUAGAAGCGCCAUCCCUGUUGCAACCAGACACUAUACAGAAAGCCAGAUUUUUAGCAAACACAUUAGGCCCCAUCGUGGAGAAUGCCACAGUAGCCUUAGAUUCCUUGUCCACACCUUGUAUAUACGAAUUUAUAUCCUUGUUGAGUGUGCUGAACAAAAACAACCAUUUGAAGUCACUUGUUUUGGAACCCUCACAUUGCCGUUUACAGGAUUGUACUUUAAUUGGCGAAAGUAAUGAAAGUACUACAGUAGCAGAAGCAGUUGAUCUCAUCUUAGCAAUAGUGCCAAGGCUACACCAGUUCAGUUUAGGAGGUCUAGAGGACCUUUCCAAAUAUACUGAUUAUAUUGUGAAAAUGCUUAAUCCUUCUAAGGUCACCCUUCUGGGGCUGGCUUCAAUUAAAGAUGACCUAGUGAGCCAUGAGGAGUGUUAUUUUAGUCCAGAACUGAUUUCUGCUUUUACUAAUCUACAGGUUUUGAGUAUAGACUAUGAUCAGCUAUCAGACAAAUUUCUGUAUCAAUUAGAGGCUGUUAGGAAGCUAGAAAGAUUGGUGGUACAUUUAGAUGCAAUUCCAAGUUGGCACGAGGGGACGUCAAAUAAGACAUGGGCGGAUUUCAGGGUGGCACAUCCGGGGUGCACCCUUCGACUUACCGUGAUUCAUGCGUAUAAUGAUGUGAAGAGACUACACGUGGAUGUGCUCAGGGAGGAGAUGCCCUUGAGCCACUUAAAGGUGUUCUUCUGUGAAUGUGUUAACAUCGAUGUUCUUCACUUCCUUUCGAGUAACUAUGCACGCACUUUGCGCAGCGUGAUGUGGAUUGAUUCGUUGAGCGACGAGCCCUACAGUUUACAGUUCCUGCAAUUGGAAGACGCGCGUAGCCCGAACCCGUUCGUUCUGAUGACGUGGCGGUGUCACGGAUUCGAAGAACUCGUCCUUUACGGUUAUCAAUACUUGCUGCAGGAUUUGUUGGCCAUCGGACGUCUCAGGGGUUCGAAGAUGACCAACGUCGAAAUUCCUGAAGUAAAUAUCGUCACUAACGAGCAUUAUUAUAAUAAGGCCACCGAUGCACUUGAGGACAUCUCGGUAAACUUGGGUGCAGCAUGGAAUCCAGUACAAGAUCUGCACCCCGUUAUCCUAAACCCGGACAUGGGAGACUCUGACGAGUUUCUGCUGCCCUUAGUGUUAGCCGAUCUACAUUAAGUCUAAACAAAAAAAACACCUUAAGUAUUUUUUUUCCAUCUUAAAACGUGAUCUUUUUCCUUUUCGUUCCCUCUUAAAACCAUUUAUAUUUUUUAAAACUCAACAUAAGGUGAAUACUAUCAUUGUGAUAUUUUUAAGCCGCGCUUGUUUUAUAUAUUUUUCUCAAAUCCCGCUUGGAAUAUAAAUGUCUGUAGCGCAUUUUUUGUUAAAUCGUAUGUGUCAAAUUGCACGCGUGUUUUUGUUGUUAUAAACCCUGAUCAGAAUUGGGGUUAACUGUGCAGCUUUUGAACAAAGGAUCUCAUAGGUGGACAUUUACAAAGGUGAAAGCUUUGCAGGAAUAGGUCAAGUGUACUACUUCUGAAAAAAUUAUUGGAUUUGUAAAUUGGCUGAUAAAGUUUAAAAUUUUAUUUUAUAACCAAUAUAUGGUUACUAGAACUGAACUUAUAAUUGGUCAAAUGCAUAUGUGAUUUAAUUCUAACUUCUAUAAAUAUCGUUUUUUAAACUAAAUAUACUUUAUGGGUUUCUACGUAAAUGUCCUUGCCUAAUAAAAUCACGUAGUAGUUUCCUGGAUUGUGUCCCACACCAAAACAUCAAGUUUGUUGUAUCAAUGAGUUUUUUUUUUGUAAAGUGGAGUAACUUUCUUAUUUCUGCUUUCCUGCUAUUAUUUUAUAGUGAAUCUAUUGUGAUUACUUACUUACCUCCCAUAAAUUUUUAAUAAGAAUAGAGAAAGAAGCGAAGAAAAGAGUACCAGGAAACUUACCACAGUACCAAGUAACAGUAAAUUUUUUUUUAAACGUUUUAGAACACAGUUUACAAAAUAACAUUAAUCUGCAUUCAAAAUAAGUUACACAAAUAAUGUCAGAUAUAAUAAGCAGCCUAGACAUAACUUAUCUUUUACGUGACUAUUGUUUUUUAUUUAUCGACAAAUUACCGAAGUUUAGUUAAUUUUUAAGGUUUACUUAGCUAUUUUAUCGAGUUUCAUAAAAAGCGCAUUUUAAUUAUUCUUUCUGCGCAACUUAAAUUUAAAAAGUAUAUUGUGUCUGUGUCGAUAAGAGAAAUUGCAGCGAACAUUUUUACAUGUUACAUCAAAAAGAAGUUACUACUUUGAAACUACACGCUAAACAAUCACUUUAAGAUCUUGAAGGCUUAUUGGGACACCAUAACAUUAUCACUGCAGGAUAAAAUAUAGCGAAUUGUAAAUGCUAACAGUAAAUAACCAAAUUCAACUAAUUGAAAGUAAACCUCGAUUGAAUAUAUUAAAUGGUAGACUGAUCAGUUUGCAAAACUAGAUUUCCGUAUUUUGUCUAUAAAACUUAAGAUUUGAAGUGAAUUUUGGACAUAGAACAAUAAUUAGGUGUUGCAAAUAUAAUUUUUCAAUUAUGGUCCUAUAUUUGACAUGUUUACAGGUUUAUAGCAAGUAAAUAUUCGUCAGAAGUUUUUAUUAAGAGACAAAUAUUUAUACCUUGUUUUGUAAAUAGAAAUCUCAUAUUAUGUAUACAUUCCGUCUCUUUUUCGGCCAAUUUGGUAUGGUAAAAACUAUUAUUAGCAAAGAUCUAUUGUCUAUAUCUCUCUUUACUAUUUGAUUUAUACAUCACAAUUCACACUUUAUUCUUAAUAAAAUUACACGUUAAAAGUUAUACGUGCACAAAAUUUAUUGUUAUUUAGGAUAGUUUUGAUGUACUGAGGUAACGACAAUAUUUAGACCAAAUCUGCAAAGUUUUCAUCUCCACCAACGUAACAUAUAUAAAUUACGAUCAAAAGCAACGAUUAGUAAAUUUAAUCCAUGAUUAAUUGUUGAAUGCGUGACCGUUACUUACAUAAAACUGUAAGUAUAAAAUCGCUUUAUUGUAUUUACACGCUCUCUUUAAGCAUCUCAGUGAGUUGCAAAUUCAGUAUUGAUUUUUAAUUGUUUGUAUUAAGUUCCACUCGUGUAUUGUAGAUAUUUUUUUUAUUCUUUUUUUUGUGUGUUAAUAACAAGGUCGUGUAGGUCGCUGGUACUGCCCAAAUUUGACGAAAUAUUUUGGAGAAAAUGUGAACUAUGAUAACUUAUUAAGACCAGCCACUUAGUACAGCCAUUAACGUGUGUCAACUAACAAUAAUUGGCAGUUGACAGUUUUGUGUCCGGAAGAUAUUAACAAAGUAAAAGACACAAAUAAUUUAUAUAAUAUGUUCCUAAAACCGAUUAUAUCUGGUUUUUAUUCUAUUGAACUGGAUAGAUGGAUUUUGAACUAAUUAGGGGAUAAAUUUAUGUGUGUCUGGGUUCUUGAGAAAGGCAAUUGAUCAACUUCAGAAUUUUAAUGAACAUAUUUUGUAGCCUUGAUGAUUUAAUUGGCAUUAUAAUGCUCUGGAAAGGUAUCGACUCAUCAAAGAUUUCACCUAUUAUGUAUUAUAGGAAUUUUUUAUAAGAAUUAUCUAUUGUAAGCAAACACCGCAAUGUUUCGAAAGAAGGUUGUUUUUGUUCUUACGACUAAAACUGUGCAUUGUUGUUAAUAUUCAAAUCAUUAUGACCAUUAAUAUAACACCCGAUUAAGAAUACAAAGUGUCUUGAAGAUGAUGUGUUCAUAGGUUUACAAGUGUAUUAUUACUUCUACGUUGUUAAUUCCCUUUUAUUAAUAUUUAUCUAAGAAAAUGCGAAUUUUCUUUUCAGAUACCUACGUUAAUAGUUUUCAAAUUCUUAACAUUUAUAUGUGCAAACACGAUAUGUUCUGACUAGGUCGCUUUUAAUGAACCUAUUGAUGUUUUUCCGAAAUGUCAAUAUAAUGUAUGCGAAUCUUGAUAAAAUCAUUCACCUGCCUGAUUAAUCUAAUAUCCAGUUAAACCACUUAUAUUUAAGUGGAUAUUGAAAUUGUCACGAUAUUUCCUUAUUCGGCUUCAUUUCACUGUAAUAUUCCUUGUGGUGGCGCAUAAUGAGCGUUAUGUUUUAAAUGCUUUAUAACUUUUUAUUUUUUAAUAACAUUUAAAAACAGAGCAUAUACUCCCAGAAUAUUGUUAACCUAAACGUGAAAAACUACGUCUCGCAGGUGUCCCCCAUUUUCAGCUUCACAAAGUCGUGCUCUUUCCAACACAUGUUGCAUGACUUUUCGCAAAAUUUCCGCAGUUGUUUUUUAGUUCAGGGACGAUCUUUGGUUCAUUGAUGUAUACAUCUCUCUUUCAAAUAGCCCCAAAGAGAAAAGUCUGGAGCAGUCAAAUCCUGAGGGCGCGGCGGCCAAUUAAAAUUCCUACGUGAAAUAAUGUGUUCGUCGAAGAUCUCCCAAAAUAGAACCAUCGUGUCCCGUGCAAUAUAGGGUUGCUUAAGGUUGUUUCACCAUCUUGUAACCAAAUUUGAUUUGAUUGGUUUGCCACAACUGGUCUCGAGAAAUUAUUCAGCAUGUUACGGUAGUGAACAGUAUUGAUGGUAAAAGGCAGCAUUUUCCAAGAAAUAUGGUCCAAUGAUCCCUUCGGACGAUGCAACACACCAAACACUGCUUUUAAGUGGGUACUGCUCUCGCUGAUGAAGUACUCUUGGUUCUUUGUAGGCCAUAACCUGCUAUUUUAUUUCAUUCUUCAUCACUCGUCAUCAAAUUGUUAAUGAAAUCGGGAUUUUCUAUUUUUUGCUGCAACGCACUAGCUUAAUCAAAGCGUUGCUGGUAGCCCCGGUCGGCGCUUAAUUUCUUGCUGAAUAGACUUUCUAUGCAUACUCUGAACAGACUUUCGUUAUAUCCCAGGUUGUGAAAAACGUCUCCUGGUUGAUGUUUCUGGACUUUCUUUCGCACUCUCCCUUACACGUUAAAUAUUGUACGUGACCUUUCUAACAAAACUGCAGGGCGGUUCCUAACAGAACCUUUUUGCGAAAAACCAGUCGGCACAUUCAAAUAACACCGAUAUGCACGCUGCGUCAGAAUAUCUGAAUUUCCGUUUCCGUCAAUAAUUUUUGUUCAUUAUUUUAUUUCAAAUCCCCAAGCCUUCUUUACCCCAUUCUGAAACAAAAAUAAAAAAAUACUAUUCCAAAAGAAAAAGUUAUAAGUAAACAUGUACCUGUAACACCCUGUACUUCUAUCUACAUAUGUAAUCUUAAGAUUUUAUAAUAAUUACAUUUCAGGGGAGAAUUUUGCCUCACGAACUUUACUCCGCGUAUCGACCUACUAUUUUAUACCGUUUUAAGUGUUUGGCGCAGCAUGUUGUUUCAUUUUUUAAAUAUAUAUUACCUAAAUGUAAACGUUCGUGAACUCAGAAUAAAGACAGAAGAAAGUUUAGUCAGUCAAGACCUGGGAAAAUAUCGAUCUUUAACAUUUUUUAAAUAAAAUUACUCGUACAUUUGAUAUUUUCUUUUGGUUUCACCAGUUUUAACAAUGUUAACACAUGUUCGUGACUAAUAAUAUCUAACUAAAAACACUACAUUUUGAACAAAGACACAUAUAAAGUUGUAUCACCUCAAUUGCAUCGUUGUCUAGAUAAAGAUCCAUCUAUCCAGCUCAGUUUAUUACAAAAGAAAACUAGUCAUUCCACUGUAUAUACGUAUACUAAAUAGAAAAAAUUAUCUAGAGCGAAAAAACAGGGCAGGCAUAAGAAAAAUAACUAGCUUAACAGAAAAAAAGCUUCAAUCUGUGAUAGGUAACCCACCGCAAGCCUCGCCCAUGUUGCUCUAAUAAAAGAUCUUUAACGUACCUGAAAACAAAAGUGAUAUAAGUGAAAAACGCAUACUUUAUUAUAAACCAAACAUCUUUUGUGUGCAUUUGUGUGUGUCGAUGGUGCGCCAUACCCCUUGACACUGGAACGAAACAAAAAACGAUUUGAUAAGCAAUAAUUUUAAAAAUAACGAAUAUGGUGGGACCAAGAGCCUAUAUAGAUGGUUCCGAUGAAGGGGGUAUGGAGUUCCCUUCUGUGAGAUUCCCAAACUAAAUCUCAUAUAUGAAUUAAAAAUGUAACUAUCUGUGAUGUGAUAAACGGACACAUUGUAAACGGCGUACAUAUGUUAAAUAGCGCUCAAAUGUUGCAAUGAACGUGACUAACUUUUACUUUUAAUUUUUUUUACAUGGGGAUAGGCCAAGUUUCAAUACCCAAAAAUUGACAAAAUAUAUAUCAAUAGCGAUGACAUGUUACAAAAAUGAUUAAAAUUUAAUUGUAUUCGGCCCACCCCAUGAGAGUAGUUGUUGAGAAUAGUUGAAAAACAGAUCUGUAGUAGGUAAUAUCAGGAUAGGUUUAGUUUUUUAAGGAAAGAUUGUUUUCGCGACAAUAAAACAGAGAGUAGAUCCAAUAAAACUCUGUAAUGGUCUCUCGAGUUAGUGAUAUUAAGUCUACAAGAGAUUUAUCAGAAAAUUAUAUUUGUUGGGUCACAAUUUCACUAAUAAUUUGAGGAGACCUUGAAGAUGUUUAAAAAAGGAUUGUGACCCAAAUAGCCAUUUUUGCAUAAAAAAGAUUGAAUAAAUUAAUAAUCUGUGAGCCAACUGAUUAUUAUAAUUUAUCAUCAAAAAAUGGCAGCAAAAUUUUAAAGUAGCUGCAUUAUUCCUAUUUUUUCUAUGAUUUUUUGGCCUUUGGAUGUUUUGUUUUUUUUUUGGAAUACUGCAGUUGCUUGAAUUAUUAAUUUAUAGGCCUUUUAUUUUAAAUUGUUAGUAACUAGGAAGUAGACAUGAGAUGAUUAGGAUAUAUUGCACUGUCAAAAUUAGGAAUGUUGAUUUUACAAAUUUUAAUCGUUUGGCCUGUUAACCGUUUAAGAAUGUGCAUUAUACCUUAAAAUAAAUAUUAAAUAUAAUA